AUGAUCAAACAGGGGUACCAUCCGGAAAAAGGGCUCGAAAAAUACAUACAGGAGAUCCAAAAGCCAUUAAUGCUUAAGGAAGUGAAAUACAGAUAUGGCCUUGGCUACAUACCUACAGUGGCGGACCGAAGGAAGAAAGCUAAAGAGAAGAAAAUGCGGAGGGUGGAAAGAAUCACUGGCGAAACAAGCUCUAAGGAAGGACUGUACAUCUCGUCCAUUAGCCAGACCUUCGUAAAAGGCAAUCAAUCCAACCUAGAGGCAGAAUUGUGGCAAUUGAGUAUAUCAGUAUUGGAUGCUGAAGUCCUCUCAAGCACUUCUACAGAAUGGAUUCGUCAUCUCCAACCUAGAGUACAACUUCAAAACUGGAGCUCUUUUGAUUUACCAGAUAUCAUCAUGAAAGCUAUCAAGGGUAGUGUCAUUGCGGAAUACCUAGCUGAAAGAGCCGUGGAGGAUUACCAACCUAUGGAGUUCGAAUUCCCAGACCAAGAUAUAGACUCCCUAACCCAAGGGGAAGAAGACCUCGAAGAAUGGAGGAUGUUGUUUGAUGGCGCAAUUAAUGCUUGGGGACAUGGGAUAGGCGCGGUGCUUAUAUCACCUGAUGGGAAACAUUAUCCGGUGACCGCUUUAUAUCGGGGUGUCAAGCGACUAACAGUAAGAGGAGACUCGGCUUUGGUCAUCCACCAGCUAACCGGAGAAUGGGAAACUCGCGAUUCCAAGCUGGUAUUGUAUCGAGAGUACAUUCAAAAGAUGAUAGAAGGGUUUGACAGUAUCAGUUUCUCUCACACGCCAAGAGAAAACAAUGUAAUGUCUGAUGCACUAGCCACACUGGCAGCUUUAUUCAAGGUAGAAGAAGGGGUGAAGAUUGAAACUAUUCAGAUUAGAGUACAACCCGAACCUGCCCACUACACGGUAAUAGAGGAGGCCGAUGGAAAACAGUGGUUUUAUGAUAUCAAAACCUACAUCCAGAAAAAUGAGUAUCUCGAAGGGGCAGCCAUUAAUGAUCAGAGGACUAUCAGAAGGUUGGCCAUGGGUUUCUUCUCAGAUGGGGAAGUUUUGUACAAAAGAAAUCAUGACAUGACCCUCCUACGGUGUGUAGAGGCACAUGAGGCCCGACAAGCCAUGCAUGAGGUUCACAAAGGAGUCUGCGGUACCUAUGCUGGAGGCCACUCAUUGGCACGAAAAGUACUUAGGAGUGGGUAUUAUUGGAUGACCAUGGAGAGAGAUUGCAUUGACUAUGCCCGAAAGUGCCAUAAGUGCCAAGUUUAUGAUGAUCGGAUCCAAGUCCCACCAGCCCCACUUCAUGUUCUCUCUGCACCUUGGCCCUUUUCAACCUGGGGCAUGGAUGUGAUCGGGCCGAUAAGCCCAAAGGCUAGUAACGGACACCGUUUCAUCUUUGUGGCAAUCAAUUAUUUUACUAAAUGGGUAGAAGCCGCCUCAUAUUCUAGUGUCACACAGAAUGUGGUAAGUCGUUUUGUCAAAAGAGGGUUGAUCUGCCGGUAUAAAAUCCCUGAAAGAAUAAUCAUAGAUAAUGCCAAGAACCUGAAUAACGCAAUAAUAACCAAGCUAUGCAAUCAGUUCAAGGUCAAGCAUCAUAAUUCAGCGUCGUAA